AUGUGAUGUUGUCAGCCGGGAUUGAAUCUGAGAGGUUGCCUCUGAUGUGAGUGCUAAUGCUAAGUGCUCCCUCUGGAAAAGCUUAAUCCCGGUUUGGUGCUUGAGAAAACAUCCCAGUCAGAAUGUCUUACGGAUCCAUCGAUGCGGGUUCUUUCGGAAGCAGAAAUCCUUUCGGUGGGCCCACAAGUCAGGGCUACCAGCCAGUAGCAACACAAGUUAGCCCUUCAGAGCUGCAAGAUGUGUUUCAGGAAACCUCCUCUAACAUCUUUCAGAUCAAUGCCAACGUCGUAACCCUGGAGAAGAACCUUCAGUCAUUGGGAACAUCAAGAGACACAGCAGAGCUGCGACAGAGUUUACAUUCCACACAGCAGCAGACCAAUAAAGUCAUAACAAGCACAAGUCAACUUGUCAAGCAACUCAGUGACAUCAUCAGCGGAUCCUCACGGCAAGACAGGCUCCGUUUGACCAGACUCAAGACCGAGCUUUCAGAUUCUGUGCAGCGAUAUGGAGACCUGCAGAAGAAAAUUGCAGAUCGUUCAAGAGCCUUGCUUCCUCCAGCACAAAAGGACAGGAAGCAGAGCGCACAGACUCCUUUCAGUGAACUAGUCGAAGAAGGGCCUUUUUUUGGAGGAGGGGAAAACGUGGAGAGUGAUGGCCAGGCGUUCCUGUCGGAGAUCAGUGAGGAAGACGUGGAGAUCCUGAGGGAGAGAGAAGAAGCGCUGGUUCAGAUUGAGAGAGACAUGCUGGACGUCAAUCAGAUUAUGAAGGAUUUGGCCAGCAUGGUGCAUGAACAAGGAGACACCAUAGACAGUAUUGAAGACUACAUUCAGACCACCUCGUCGCAUGUGGAAACGGCCAAUCAGGAGCUUGCGAAAGCCAGUCAUCAUCAGAGGCAGCUGAGGAAGAGGAAAUGUUAUCUGCUCAUCGCUGGAGCUCUUCUUCUUACUCUGCUUAUCAUCAUUAUUGCAGUCUCAGCCAGAAAAUGAGAGCAAGUGCACAGAGAUCUGUGUUCACCGCUGUGAUCUCUUUCCAUCUUCCCGUCGAAAAGGGAGUCCACAUAAGAGGUGUCCACCUGCACUCUCCUCCUGUCUUCUCUUUCCUCUCUGUACUUCUGUUGGACCGGGUGCUUUAUUUGUGUACGCAUGUCUGGAAAUGUGUGUGCGCGUGUGUGAACGUUGGGUAAAAGAGUCUAUUUUUAUCAGUGCUUUGUACUGUAAUGUGCAAUUAAUUGCUCUUUACCUUUUCAAAGUGGGCUCCAAAUCAAAGAACAAGCUCCAAAUAGACUUGAUGUUGCUCUGGGCUUUUAUGCCAACAUUAAAAGCAGUUUCCUUCAUUUUGGCUAGUUUGCAUAUCAGCUCAUGUCGAUCUUUUGCCACUUAUUCACACUGUGCUCAAAAUACAUGUAUUUUUCUAGGGCGCAAAUUAUCUGUGAUGAAACGAUGUAACGCUGCCACACUCGUUUCCAGGAAAACUCUUUAAAAGCAGUUUAUAAUAGCAAACAUAAAGGGUUGACUUUUAUUUUCAACAUUGUGACCUGCUGUAUUUGUUUACCAAAAACUGAUGUUGAAUGCAGCAGGACGCCUAACGUUGUUCCAAAAAUCCUGCUAUGAAAAAUAAGACAAUUAUUUUUAUUUGCAUAACCAUAAAAGCAUAAAUAUAAACGCUUAUUCUAAAAGGUCCUACUUCCUCUUGUAUUGAUUGUACUGCUCUUAUUGUUCUUCUUAUAGUUUAUGGUUCUUCUAGGCUUAUAGUUUAUGGCUUUAGUUUUUAUUUUAAAUUGUUUCUG